GUGUAACCUAAGACCCUUCGCCUAUUGAUAUGAUAAGUACCCAGUGCCCAUUACGCUAAAGGUAUUUCCUGUGUAUAGUACAAUUCUCUUUUUUCUAAAGUCCGUAUUUUCUGUCAUUGUUGAAUUCCAUGCACCAGUGAUUCUUAUACUGAAGAAAUUUUUAGUACGAUUUGCAGUGCCUUGGGGUGAUAUCUGAUUGUAGAAUACUCUGAAGGUAUAAUUCCUCUUUGGAGUAGACAGUUAACUGGUCAAUUUUUCCAUAGGAUAAACAUUUUUUUAAAGUUUUAAAGGAAUAGUAUUACAAUGGGUGCAUUCUUUUCGGACAUCCAUUGACUAAAACUUGUUAGUGUGUAACAUAUAUAUAUGAUUUAGGAUAAAGAAAAGCCAUGUGCUAGUAUGUAGCUGUGAGCUAUUUGUAGAUUUAAUGGAGUAAUACACAUCAUUCUUAUGGCCUCAUAUUCUACAGAAGUGUGAUUUUUAUACCCAAUAUAUUAUCUACUGGAUUUAAUUGUCAUAAAAAAGAAAACAUGGAUUUAAAUACGAUCUACCUGGAGCAUGGAAGAACACCUUGUCGAUUAAAUUUCAAAAUAUUAAAUGAGUAAUGAAGAAGAGAAGAAAUAAGUAUGUCAGAUGAAGAAUGUCCAAACGUUACGGACAUCGACUUGGCACCAACCAAAGAGUCGACCAGUUCACAGACCAGUCCAGAUGCAGAAACACUACAGAAGUCUAGGAGAACAUUGUUGGCUAGCCGCCCGCCAAGCUGUCACCUGACUAGGGUUGACGAAGAACCUACCACAACCACAAAGAGUCGUGAAACUGAGAUCGAGACAGUUGAUCGAGGUGUUGGACCGACACCCCAUCCGCCAAAUGUAGAUACACGUGAUCCACGAGACCUAAGGGAUCCUAGGUUCCCUCCAUCAUAUUUCGGCUUUCCUCCUCUUAUUGAUCCAAGAAAUGGAUUGUUUGAAUCCCCUUAUUCAGGUUUCAACCUACCAUACCAAUUACCUUACCCUGUCAAUGCUCCUAUACCAUUGAAUUCUGGAACUCUGGAAGGGCGGUACAACUGGCCUCAACCAUCACCAUAUCAUCAUCCCAUACAUGGUCUAGCAACCAGCCCCUCUCAUUCUGAUGUGUCCUUAUUUAGUAUGAGAAGUCAGCUAUCCCCUGGAGAGCCUGUGACAAACCUUGCAGCUCGAAUCCAUUUAGAACAGUUACAGCGUAGUUACUAUCAGCCAGGUCAUUUGGGUCAGAGAAGAUAUAGUCCUGCUAGUUUACCAGAUUAUAACAGAUACAGACAAGCAUUAUUAGAUCAAGAAUACAGCAGACUAUCCCAAACAAUAGGACAUCAAGGCUAUCCCAGUGUUCCCAGCUCAUUAUAUGGAGAUUACCCACCUAGUCAUGCAUCACAAAGUGGGAGGAGUUUAUUUGGAGAUAUCCCUCCUACUCCAGGAAGUGGCAGCAUUACUUUACCCGGUUCCGUUGAAAGUUCUCGACUGACAAGUCCUAGGCCUAGUAUCAUUGGUAAAAGUAGUAGAAAACGAGCUCUUUCUCAUUCUCCUAUCUCUGAUUACCUUGACAUCCAGAGCCUGACCAGGAGCUCUGAAGGAUCACUACAUCUCACACCCUAUAUGCACCAGAAUAAUUCACGCAGCUCCAGUGCUAGUGGAUCUUAUGGCCACCUUUCAGCAGCAUCCCUUGGAACUGCCAGUCCAGCACAUCAGCAACAUCCACAUAACCCCCAUAAUCCACAUAAUCCACACAAUCCACACAAUCCACAUAACCAGUAUCUACGACAACCUGGUAGUAUACCAGGAUCACCAUUCAUGUAUCCCAUGAUGCAUCCACCCAUGAUGGGCCACAACAGUAAAAUGCCACAAGCACCAAUGAUGCCACCUACCUCACAACCUAUGAUGCAUCAAAUGCCAUCAAAACCAGAACUUUCGCCACAAAUCUCCACGACAACAAAAGAUGCAGGAAGUAGUGUAGUUAGUAGUACUGUUGACCAGACAAUAGAGAUCAAAAGGUCAAAGGUUAAAAAAGAAAAUGAGUGUUCUCGUCUUGAUGAUUUUGAUGAAGAUGAGAAAAUGGACAGGAAACCAGAUCACAUACCUCAGGAAGGGGAACCAGAUUUUAUAGAAACAAAUUGUCAUUGGGAAAAUUGUUCAUCAGAGUUUGAUUGUCAGGAUGAACUUGUUAAGCAUAUCAACAUAGACCACAUUCAAGCCAACAAGAAAUCCUUUGUCUGUCGAUGGAAAGAGUGUAACCGUGAGGAGAAGCCAUUUAAAGCUCAGUAUAUGUUAGUUGUUCAUAUGAGGAGACAUACUGGAGAAAAACCACACAAAUGUACUUUUGAAGGCUGUUCUAAAGCAUACUCAAGGCUAGAAAAUCUGAAGACCCAUCUUCGGUCCCAUACCGGUGAAAAACCUUACAUGUGUGAAUUUCCUGGGUGUACAAAGGCAUUUAGUAAUGCAUCAGACAGAGCCAAACAUCAGAACAGGACUCAUUCUAAUGCUAAACCAUAUGUCUGUAAAGCAAUAGGUUGUACAAAACGUUACACAGACCCAAGUUCUCUGAGGAAGCAUGUUAAAACCGUCCAUGGACCUGAUUUCUAUGCCAACAAGAAACACAAAGGGGAUGGGACUUGUAAGAAAGAAAUGAAAGAAGAAGGUGAUCAGGACCAAGAAAAAGAAGAAGGUAACAAUAAGAUGGAAGAAUGUCUGACUGUCACACCACUACAAGCUGCUGGGGAGAGACGUAGAUCACAGGACAAUGUUGGAAGUGCUGUAUCCCAUCAACAGCCUUCACCUCAGAGUAGUCCAGAGGUCAAUGUCACAUGUAACAUGCAGCCAGACUUAAUAGAGGACCAUAUAAACUCACAGAGCAUUACAACAGACCAUGGGAUGGAAGAGGAAGAGGAUGUGGAUAUACCAGAGCCAGACGAAGCAGAAGUUCCAGGCAGUGGUUCAUCAUUAAUAACCAGAACUAAUAGACUAAAUUCACAACUUACCAUGCAGACUAAAAACAGAUUAUCUGGCAAGAGUCAACUGCCUACCAUCACAAGCCAGGAAAACAUUAAUCAAAUGACUGACCUGACUGAUCUGAAGAGCCUACAGAAAAGACCACAGCAUAAAAGUAUUACGGAUCUUAAAAAUCGAAAUGAGUUAUUACCAAUCAAUAAACUACUACCUGUCAAUGGUAAUCGUCGGGACAGUAAUACAAGUACUAUCAGUUCUUAUUUGAGUAGCAUGAGAUCUGAUGCUAGUCCAUUUCCUCUCAGCAGUCAUUAUUCAAGUCGUCGAUCUAGUGAUGUCUCACAGGUUUCUAAUAACCGUCUCAGUAUAACAAACUCUCCCUAUGAGUAUGACAUUACAGGAAAUAUUCCUAUUCAUGGACCAGCUGUUCAGAUAAACAGCAGACGGUCCAGUGAAACCAGUAACAUGAGUGAUAUCGCUGCUCAACUUUCAAAAGCACAGCUUGGUAGUCAUCCUAAUCUUGUAGUUACGUCUCAACAAAUGACUAUGAGAACUCCUGCAAGUAAGUAUGCUCAAGAAAGAGUAGCACGAUUUUUGUCUGCGAGACAUGACAUGGAUGGAGCAAGAACUAGUACACCUUGUCGAACACCGCUACCUCACGAGAUACCUGGCCGUGAAAUUAGGAGAGCUAGUGACCCUGUUAGAACAGUGGAUCCAAAUUUUAGUGCUUUGAAAAAAUUACAAAGAUUUCAUAGUUUGAACAUGAUGAAACCUCUGCCUGUACCACAGUCAAUGAAAAGUUUGAUGAAUAAAACAGGAUCAAAUAACACCUUUCAUUCUUCACGGAGUAGUAUAGCUACUGAUUAUAGUCUCAAUGAAAAUGAUGAGUAUGACUCUCCUGGGCGAACGGAUGCAGACCAUGAGGCAGCACUUGAAGAACAACUAAUGGCAGACAAUGAAGACAUGAUAAUUCCUGACGACAUGCAACGAUUUCUUAAUGAGUGUUAUAAUCACGGUAUACCUAGUAGUUUUCAGGAAAUGGAAGCAUUGCAAGAAAAUGAAAUCCAUUGUGAGCCUGGUCAGGACUCUAUGAAAUGCUCAAAUCAACAAAUGCCAAUGGCAGACGGAAGUAAUAUGCAAAUGCCUUCGGGUUAUUAUGGAAACCAAAAUAUGAAUAAUCAUCCUAUGUAUAUGAAUAAUUCACAAGGACAGAUGCAAAACAAUACAGUGCAAAAUGGAAGUAUGCAAAUGAAUCCAAUGUGGGAUCAAAGUCAAGGUUACAACAUGCAAAAUAUGUCUCAAGGUCAAAAUUCAAUGUCUAAUUCAAUGCCACCUCAAUCACCUGGCUCUAUUCCAUCAAACUCAUCCAUCAAUAUGGUGCCACAAAACUCAUCGAAUAAUAUGAUGCCACCACCAUCAUCAAAUAUGAUUCCUCAUCCACCAUCAAAUAAACCAAUUCAAAAUGGACCAAUGAAUAAUAUGCAAAUGAUGAAUAUGGGAAAUAUGCAAUACAGAACGAAUGGUGGGAACAUGCAAGGGAAUAUGCAAAUGCCACAAGAUGGCAACAGGAAUUUUGGCAAUGGUCAGCAGAUGGGAGUAAAUCAAUGGCAGAUGAUGCAGGGAGGUGGCAAUAAUUCUCAGUUUAAUCAGGAGAGAUCCCCACAGCCACCUAGCAUGCCUAAAUCACAACAGCGUAUGAACAUGAGACGCAUGGCAAUGUCAGCUGGUAAUCAAAAUAUGAUGCCAAAUCAAAUGGGUAAUUAUCAGAAUAUGAAUAACAUGAAUAUGCAAAUGCAAGGACAAAAUGCAAAUAUGCAAAUGCAAGGACAAAAUUCAAAUAUGCAAAUGCAAGGAGGACAAAAUAUGAAUCCACAAAUGAACGGAGGCGGAAAUAUGAAUAAUAUGCAAAUGAAUGGUGGUGUAAAUAUGAAUAAUAUGCAAUUGCCUGGAGGGCAAGUCAUGAAUAAUAUGCAAAUGCAAGGUCAUAUGAAUAAUGAACCUAUUGUGAACCAGAUGCAAUCUGGUUUAAUGUUACCCCCUCAACCCCCUGUUAAUAAACGAGAAUCACAGAGCCCCCAAGUACAAGUACCUCAUAUUAGCACAUCACAGAUUCCUGCAAGGGGGAAAGCAGCGAAUCGUAAUCAGAUGAUGAUGCCACAGCAUAACGAGAUGUUACCCAAUCAGAAGAACUGUAAUAAUAUGAUACGACCCAAUCAAAACACUUAUAACAAUCAAGAAAUGUAUCAACAAAUGCAAGGAAAUUUCAGCCAACAAAAAAUGACCCCGAAUGUCAAUCAAGGUGGAAACCAUGGUAACAUGAUUUAUCCAACAAAUAUGUACAAUCAAAACGAUCCUAAUCAACAGGCAAUGUGGAACCAACAAAAUAUGAAUCAACGAAUGGGUAACAACCAACAGUAUUCCAGUAAUCCAAUGGAAAUGUCACCUGGAUGUAACAAGGUGACCAGCUCGACAGAUCCUGAAGAUGCUGCAGCUCAACCCAUCGAAGAUUUUAUGGAAAAUAUCAAUUCUAUAUCAUCCGAGAAUUUGUUAGACAAUAUGAGUUCAGUGUCAGAGCAUACUUGUACAAAUACCUUUAUACCUCCUUCAGGAAAUCGUUCCGAGUCUCAAUCUUCACGAUACUCUAUGAUGUCAAAUAAUAUGGUUGUUAAUGAUAUGAGCUCAGUGUUGACUCAGUUAGCUCAGGAAAAUAAGUAUUUAAAUAUGAGACAUUGAUUAUGUGGUUUUUUUAUAUUCAGAAUUCAUUUGCAUGAUAUGUGAAGUUACUAAUUGUUUAUGUUAGAAAAUACACAACACAUUAUAUUGUUCAAAGAAUAUAUUGCCAUUUGCUCAGAAGGAAGAUUAUUAUAUCAAAGAGGAUGUUUUUUACAUAAAAUAUAUAGGAGAACGUGAAACUGUCCAACUGUGUUCUAGCAAGGAGAAAAACAACACUGAAAUGUAUUUUAUGGAAUAUUGUGUCAGUUUCAAGUUUGAGGUAUACUGAUUGAAUGAAGAUAAUAUUUUUGUAAACAAGAGAACCUUAUUGUUGGUACUCGAAUGAGGAUUUGGAUUUCAAAGUUUGUUAUUGGUUAGUUAUGUUAAUAAAAUAUAGUGGACAAUAAUCAUCUUAGUUUUUGUUAAGACAUAAGUGAAAGUAUUUGUUCUGUUAGUGCUUCCAAUGAAAAAGAGCUGACAUUUUGCUCUCUAAUUGUUAUGAAUUACAUGCAUGUAUAAUGGAGUUUUUGGUGCGUUUUUUUUAUCAUGUUAACUGGUGCUGUACAACUAUGCAACUAUGACACCUUGAAUAUAUUUUAAUGAGAAUUAGCUUUUAUCGUAUAUUUUGUACAUAACAUAAGAAAAGUGCUAUUAUUUUUAAAAUAGAUUUUUACUAGAAACUUUUUACAUACAGAAUUUUUAUCAUGUGUUUUUUUAGAUGUAUAUUGUGGCAAUUCAGAAAAAUAAGUUCAGAUACAUUUUUGUUAGGGGCUCAAAGUUUUCUGUGGUGAUUCUAACAUAUAGGUUUCCAGUUUAUGUAGAAGUAAUGAAAAGAAAAGAAUAAUGACAUUGUUUGAACUGAAUUUAUUUAUUUUCGGCAUAAAUGCAUAUGGAAAUAUAAAUUCUAGGGAUAAUAUAGCACAUUUUACUGAAUUAUUCAUCCUUGAAUUGUAAAUGUUUUAUCCUGUAACAUGGUAAAAUAUGAAAUAUUUCAUAUCUUAAUUUCUAAAAAAAAUAGUGUAUCAUUGCUUCAAAACAUUAUAGAAUACAUCUAUCAUGAUUUUCUGGAUUUAUUUUUCUGAAUGAUGUAACAGGCUAAAACAUUUGAAAAUAUAUAUAAUACAUUAUAUAAUUAAUACCAUAUCACUUACAUCUAUAGAUAAUAUUCAUUUGUACAGAUAUUUUGUGUGUAUAUAUGAUCACUGUAGGUUAUAUUGUUCAACACAAGCAUUUAUUUUAAUUGUUGGAAUGUCACAUGACCACUGUAUUUGAUCCAAUUAAUUCAUCUUUAUCUUAUAAUGGAGAAUAUAUGGCCCCUCAACCAUGGUUAAUUGACUUUGGAACUUUACAAUAGUUUACAAGUUUAAAGGAGUCCUUUUGUCAUGAGUUAUAUGAUAUUUGGUGUGCAGUUGUAUAAGUAUUAGCACAUCUCACAUACAGUGAGAUUAUACAACUCUGCUUCCUCAGUCAUGGUCUAUUGACUUUGAAACAUUUCCUUAGUUCCUCGUUGAAGUUUGUGAUUACCAAUAGUUCAGUUUAAGAUGAACCACUAUAACAACUCAAUGAUAUUUGGUUUUCAUUUGUAUUUGUCUUUUUUUUACCAGUGAAAUUAUUUAGCCAUGCACUUAAAGUCAUGGUUCCUUGACUUAUAUAGAUAUAAGAAGAUGUGAUAUGAGUGGCAAUGAGAAUUAUGAGACAACUCUUCAUCCAAGUCACAAUUUAUUUUAAAUUCUUUAUAGAAUUUUUAUCUCUGUUUCAACAGUUUAUUAAUUGACAGAAAUAAUCCUUUCAGAUAAGUGUAAGAUUUAAAUGUGCCUUGUUAGAAUGAAAUGUCCUUAGAUCACAUGGUGGUCAUGUGACAGUCUAUUUUUGUAUAAGGGAGAAAAAAACAAAAGCUCAAGUGAUAUUGACUGUUGAAUAGUAAUUUUUACCUUGGAAAACUAGCAUCAAUUUUUGUGCUAGAUGCUGGAGAUCAUAAUCAGUCGUUUAAGCUACUGAAGAUUCAGAAAUUAUUGUGGCUUCCUUUUGCUAUUGUUGAAUAAUGGACAACAAUGUGAAGUUAAAAUUAUAAUUUCAAGAAAAUCUGCAUCAGAAAUAAGAAUGUGAGUUCUUAUUAUUGUAAUAAUCAUCAAGUUGCUUUAUUUGCAUAAAAAAAAACCUAGCAAUAACAAUUGAAUAAUUUCUGAAUUUACAUUAUGUAUAAGUUAAAUAUCACAUUAAAAAAUGUUAAAGCAGUAUUUCAGCUUGUUGUUUUCUGGCAAUUCUAUAGGAUUGCUUGUAAAAGUUUGUCCUUAUUCAGUAUGUUUGCUCAAAGUCUGAUCUGUUGCGUACCAUGAAUUACUGCUACUUUUAAAUAUGCUUUUUAAUACAGAACCAUUGACUUUGUAAAAUUAGCUUAAUGAUUUGAUUGAUGAGACCCUCUGAACUUGUUUUUUUUCCCCAUCAAAUGAGUAGAAAUUUUGAAAUUGCAGAAUCUUUAACAAGAAAUUGUUAUCACGCGAUGAAUCAAUUAUAGACAGUAUAAGGUUUAUGAAAAAAAAUGUUAUUUUUCGUAUUUUUUUUAAUUAUUUUUUUUAACUAUAAAUGAAUUUUUUAAUGCAAUCUUUUAGAAAGUCAUAAUGUUACUUGUUGUAUCAAGAAUCUCAAUACUUAAAAAGGAUACUCAUAUUGUUUUUAUUGUAUUUUUUUAGGCUAAAUAUUAAAUACAAAAUACUCUUUUAUUUUUAUAUCUUGCAUACAAUACAUGUAUUUUGUAAACAGAUACUCAGUUUAAUUUUUUAAGGUGUGUUCAAAGAGUGCCAUACUUAGUUCAAAACUCAAUUAUAAUUCUAUGUAGCUCUUUAGAUAUUGAUAGACAAUGAGAUUCAAGCUUCUUAGGUAGUUCUAUGACUAUACUUAGGUUCCACACCUUUAUUGUUAAUUAACAAUUUAUAUUUACUGUUGUUCUGAUAUUGGAUUAUGUUACCAAGUGAGAAAUGCAGAAAAUAUUAUGUAUACAGAUUUUUGUAAAUUGCUAAAAAUGUCAAUAAGACUGCUUUUUGUUUAGAAUGGUUCUUCACUCAUGUCAUUUGUGUUUCCUAUGGAAAUAUCCCAGAAUUGAUUUAAAACGAGAGUGGAUUUGUCCUUAGACUAUGUAUGUAAGCUAUGAAUAAGCAUAAUCCUGCCCAUUUCAUUCUUAAUUUCAAUUUUCUUUUUAAACAUUCAAUCAAAUUGAAUCAUUUUUUAUUGUGCCAUAUUACAUUUUACUUGUACAUUUAGAAGGGUAAAAAUUUAGCAAUAAAUUUCAGACCACGAAGUGUGUUAAAAAGAGGAAGAACAAAACAGUCUCUUUUUACCCCUCAUUCUGAUGAAUUAUCAAGUAAAUCUCUUAAAGUAAUGGGAAUCACUCUACAAGAAACUUACAUUUUUUUUUUGCCCUAGGAAACUUAUAUAUUCACGUAUAUCAACUGAAAAGAAAAGUUCCAUUUGGCAGAGGAUAACACCUAUCUUCUUUUUAAACAGAAAACUGUUAAAUUUUACAUUCUAUCCAGAGCUAAUAAACAAAACUUGAUAGUCGAUUUAAGCAUUUCAUAAAGAGAACUGGCAGGUAAUUCACCUGCAUCAAACUGUUAAACCUCAGCAAUCAUCAUUUAAUGAAAGAAGUUCUUGAAGAAAUAUUAUUGAUAUGACCUGUAUAUAUGGAAAAUGUUAGUGUUUUUAACUGUAGACCUCAGAAAUAUAAUGAAAACAAUAUCCGAAGGAUGUGUACAGUAUGGUUGUAAGUUAUACAUAUCAAUGUUUACAAAUUUUAUGUGUAUCCACUUUGUUAACAGUUCAUGAAUAUUUUCUAAUAUUUUUUGACAAAAAAAUAUAUUUUAAUGGAGAUUGUUUUUGUUCAUUUAAAAGGAGCUAUGCAAUUUUGAUUUUAGUUUGCAGCAUUUAAGAUCUCUGUCAUUUGAACAUUUUUAUAUCACAUUUUCAUGUAAUAACAAACAUGCAUUAGUAAGAUUGUGCUAUAGACAAUAUGGUUGUUACAGUAAAUCAUUAUUACAUAAA